UCCACUUCUGCACCGUCAGAUGGUGAUGAUGCUCACAAUUUCUUCAAUUCAAGAGACAAGAUUUUUAAGGAGGCGCUCGGUUUCCUUCAACAAGAUCACAAGGCCCAAGUGGUAGCCCUGUGCGGAAUGGGUGGCGUGGGGAAGACCACAAUGAUGGAACAACUGAAAAAGGCUGUGGAAGAUAAGAAAAUGUUUGAUUGGGUUGUGAAGGUGGUUAUCGGGGAAAAGAUGAACACAUUUUAUAUUCAGCAAACCGUGGCAGAAUACUUGCAAAUUCCUUUAACCGAAACAAGUACAACAGCAAGGGCAGAUCGUCUUCGCGUAACAUUUGGGAACAUUUCACAAGAAAGAAAACAGAAGGUUUUAGUAAUAUUGGAUGAUGUUUGGGAGAAGGCUGAGCUUAAAGACAUUGGACUAUGUCCUUUGCCAAACGGCUCCAAGUUGUUGCUAACAUCAAGAAAUGAAAACGUUUGUACACAAAUUGUUGCAGAAGAUGAUUUAGAUCUUAGAGUUGUUAGAGUAGAUGUGAUGGAGGAGUUAGAAGCGAAUAAUUUCUUUUUUCAUAUUUCAAAAGUUUCAGACCCGGACCUCAAAGAAAUGGGAGUUAAAAUCGUGAAAAGAUGUGGUUUCUUACCCUUAGCCAUCAAACUCAUUGCAACAAACCUUAGAUCUAAAGAAAAGUGGGCAUGGAGGAAUACGCUUCACCGUUUGAAGAAAAAUGAACUCGAUAAGAAUGUGCAAAAAAUUGUUGAGAUAAGUUAUAACUUUUUAGCCGAUGAAGAUGCUAAAGCAGUUUUUCUUCUUUGUGGUUUGUUUCCGGAUGACUUCAAUAUUCCAAUCGAGGAUCUGACAAGAUACGCAUGGGGGCUUCAGUUGUUAAAUGAAGUUCCUACUCUGGGGGACGCUAGAGACCGGACAAAAACAUGUGUACUUGAUCUCAAAAAUGCAAACUUAUUGCUCAGUAGCGAUCAUUCCGAUUGUGUCAAAAUGCACGAUCUUGUGCUUGCUUUUGUGGUAGCUAAAGUUUCUAAAGGCAAUCAUCCAUGGAUCAUUAACCACAGCGAUGUUUCAAAUUGGAGUAGAGCUGAAAUGAGCAAGUCUUGCAGAAGUAUUUCUUUGACAUGUACGGGCAUGUCUGAGUUCCCUAGCGACUUGAACUACCCAAACGUAUCCCUAUUGAGACUUAUGAACGGCGAUAAAUCGCUUAAGUUUCCUGAUGAUUUUUAUGAGAAAAUGGAAAAUCUUCAAGUUAUGGCAUGUGAGAAGUUGCAAAUCUCUUCAUUGCUUCAAAUCUCUACCACCCUUCGAACACUCUGUCUACAUCAAUGCUCAUUGAUGUUUGAUUGCUCUCCUAUUGGUGAUCAUCUUUUGAACUUGGAAGUGCUCAGCUUUUCUGAUUCUGGCAUCCAAUAUUUACCAUCUGCAAUCGGGAAGCUAGUGAAGCUAAAGCUACUUGAUUUGACAGGCUGUAUGGAUCUACGAAUCGAUGAAGGCGUCUUGAAAAACUUGGUCAAGCUUGAAGAGCUUUAUAUGGAGGUUAAUGGAAAGGUUGUAAGAUUCACAGAUAUAAACUACAAAGAAUUGGCAGAACGUUCCAAGAAUCUUUCUGCAUUUGACUUUGAAUUCGUUGAGAACAAUCCUGAGUCAAAGAAUAUGUCAUAUAAUAAGCUUGAAAGAUUCCGUAUAUCUAUGGGACGUUACUUAGAAAAUGGUGGCCCCGAUAAUGUGCAAAAUUCCGAGAACACGCUGAUGUUAAAAGUCGCUAACAAAGAUGAAUUGUUGGAAUCUGGAAUGAAUGAGUUGUUUCCGAAAACAGAAGUGCUUUACUUGGAAGCUGGCAGUGGCAUGAAAAACCUUGAAGAAGUUUUACCGAAAUCUGUACCUCGACACAGCUUGUUUUAUAAUUUAAGAGUCCUUCGUAUUACCAAGUGUGUCGACUUGAGAUACCUCUUUACAGUCCCAGUAGCAAGGGGCCUGCUGAAGCUUGAGCGUCUCAUAAUUGAGGAAUGCCCUGUCAUGGAAGCACUGGUAUACAGCGAAGAAGAACAAGGGGUCGAUGACAUUAGGUUUCAGGGGCUGAAGUUUCUAUAUUUGAGUAAUCUACCAAAGUUGGACGGUUUGUCGUCCAACACUAACAAUAUUGUAAUCCAUCUACCGCAACUACUGGAGUUGUAUCUCAUAGACCUUCCAAACUUGACAAGCAUUUAUCCGGUGGGAGACUAUAAAUCAUCGAUUAUGUCCAGUGGCAGUUCUACUAUUGAUGAUAAACCUUUCUUCAAUAAACAGGUUGGAGGAAUUGAGGAUUUAUCGGAUGGAGGCAUUGAAGAAUAUAUGGCCGGAAGUAGUUGA